UUCGUCCGGCUGUGUCAUGGUGACCUGGGUACGCAAGAAAGGCACGAUGCGACAACAGAGUCACAUGCGAUUGAAUCCACACCACAGGAACGACUCCAGUUCCUUGUGACUAUACCUGGUGGCUUCCAUAUUCGUAUGGCCUGUGUAGAUGCCAUCUGGCGAGUUCACAUUCAGCCGAAGGCACUACGUGAAGUCAGGGGUGGCAUCUUUGAUCAGUUCAAAAUCCUCCAGCCGAAAGACUCAUCGAAACUUGCAAGUAACCCAACUUACCGCAUGCUGAAUGAUGGAAUCCUACACCUCACAAGUUCACACUUGCUGGUUUGUUGGGAACGAGCUACUGGUUUCUCCGACUUGAAGGAAUUCGCCGAUAGUGAUCCAUCAUGGUCGGAAAUUGUUGCUCUUUCAAAGAAGAUCUGUCAGGAGAAGAUUGCAGGAUGGAUAUCCGAGGUGCGACGACAGAGUGAGGAUCCACGAGAUUAUUUGGAAGAAGGCAACUUACUAUUUCGACGUGAUGGCCUGUGGUACUGCAUGUUGGCACAUGCAAUGAACACUGGUGCGAUAGGCGCGAUGGAGGAUCUUCUGUGGUUAUGGGUGCUGAUGUUCUCAGGCUGUGGGAAGCAUAAAUAUGCGGUGCACCUCGCGAAAUUUCUUCGCAAUCUGCAUUCAGUCUACCCUGCCCGCCUGGCCCAAGUAAUCCGAUCCCACUGGGUAUGCAAUCCAUCAGGUCGACCAGAUGGAUUUAGAGGUGUAGAUUGGCUUGUUGAGCGAAACAAUCUGUAUACAAAGGCAGUGACUCACUUACCUCAGGUCAUCAUUGGUGGCUCAAGCUCGAACAGGACACUUACCCACAUUAUCAACCAGUCUUCGCUGAUAGAGACCUACCGAAUGGUACAUGUCAAUAUAGAACAGAACUUCUAUAUCAAGCACCGGGGUACACAACAUGCCCCGGCAAAAAUGGAAGUCAUGCUUCAAAUGCUUCAAGAGCGAAUA